CAAUUGACCAUUUAGAUGAAUCGGGGGUUUAAUUGGACCUCUCUCUUCUCGCUCUGCGGCGACCCUUCCUAUUCCUGGUGGUUUCGUCGCGCCGUCGCCGGCCGCCACAUCGCCCGCUCCUCCGGUGUCCGUCUCGGAUCCUGCAGCUCUCUCGUCGAAGGUCGCGCUCACACAGGAGCAGAUCUGGCCAUGGCGAACUCGCACCUCGCGGCUGCUCUCCCACGCGUUCGGGUCCCCAUCACCCACGUUAUCUUCGACAUGGAUGGCCUCCUCCUCGACACGGAGCCGUUCUACACGGUGGUUCAGGAGAAGAUCCUGGCGAGGUUCGGAAAGACCUUCGACUGGUCGCUCAAGGCAAAGAUGAUGGGGAGGAAGGCCACCGAGUCCGCCCAAAUCUUUGUCAAGGAAUGUGGCCUCGAAGGCCUCCUCACCCCCGAGGGAUUCCUUGAAGAGAGAGAAGGAAUGCUGCAGGACCUCUUCCCGUCGUGCCAGCUCUUGCCCGGUGUCAAACGUCUUGUGAAUCAUCUACAUUCGAAUGGAAUACCUAUGGGUGUUGCAACAGGAUCUCACAAGCGGCACUUUGCACUGAAGACGCAAAAUCAUGGAGAAAUAUUCGCUUUGAUGCACCAUGUGGUCAUGGGCGAUGAUCCAGAAGUAAAGAAAGGCAAACCAUCUCCUGAUAUAUUUCUUGCUGCUGCAAAGAGAUUUGAGGGAACGAUCGACGACGCAAGUAAGAUCCUAGUGUUUGAGGAUGCACCAACAGGAGUAGCUGCAGCCAAAAAUGCUGGGAUGUCUGUGGUUAUGGUACCAGAUGCUCAGCUGGAUGUUUCUCAUCAAAGAGAAGCCGAUCAGGUUCUUACUUCGCUCUCGGAUUUCAAUCCGUCAGAGUGGGGAUUGCCACCAUUUGAAUGUUGAGUUCUUUGUUGACGUGCCUAAUUACUGCACUCGUGAUUUUAUUCACUAUUGAGUUUUUUUUCUUAGUUUCUUUAAUAAUCCACUUUUGGAAUUGGAUCAAAUGUUUAUCACAUCUUUUUGAUGACAUAUUCGAAUAAGUCACAUCGUCUCAUAAUUUAACUUCUUCUCGUCCGGAAUAAAGCAUUGAAGUUACAAUACAGUCUUGAUACCUGAUGCGCCAUCAGCAUGCAACACGUGGGUGUAUUGUCUUUCCAUGAUCAUGUAUGGUUACAAGAUCAUUAUUAUGGACCAUGCUGCUCUGAGUGCGGCCAAAGCCGUUUUGUCAUCGUGUGUGUUUUCAUCAACAAGAGUCUGGAUUGAUUCUGUUGAAUUGUUAAACAUCGGGUUCAAUAAAGAGACGGAUAGCAUUUGUACU